UUUGCUCGGUAAACCGUGGACUUUUCCGGAAAAAAGUCCACGGUUUACCGAGCAAAUUCUCACGCACAUGUCCACAAUUCGUCGAGAGAAUUCUGACACCGAGACAGUGACAACCGACCGGGGACAAAACGGGUAAUGAAAAUAUGGCUGCCAGAUUCAACACUGCAGAUAGCCAAAGUCUCAAAGGUGCUUAUGAAAAUGGAAAAGGGAGAUUUGCGUGGUCUGGCUGGUAAAAGUCUUGCUGAUGUCGAAGUGGAUCCAAACGAAGAGUACAACACUGAUGCAGAGUCGGAUCAGUCAGAAUCGGAAGGUACAGAUGAUCACGAUGAUUUGCUGCCAUCUAAAGUGAGAAAAGGUAAAGGAGCUGAUGCUGCCAGGACUCGGAAUGUACCUGCAAUUAAGAAGCCGUGGAGCUACAAAGAAAAGGCCGCGGUGGCAGAUCAUUUGGGUUUCUUCAUUAGAGCCCGCACUGUUCCAACAAAGGCACCGAUAGUGGCACUUCUAAAGCGAGAACCAGAAGCCUUCGCCGCAAGAACAUGGAGAAAUGUAAAAGAUUUCGUAAGAAAUCAAACAAGGAAAGUUGACCCAAUGGGAUUCAUGAAGCAUUAACAGUCUUUUGUCAUAGACACAAAUUGUCAUUAUACAUGCCAUGAUACAAAGACGCCACUUUUAUUUUAUUUUUACUCUUUAAGAAGAUCUCCCAGUUGUCAUGGAAUAAUUUAAAAUUACUAAGCUACCUAUAGUCCACAGUUGCUCGUGCAAUAAACACCACACUUGGGUUAGGUAGCUUAGUAUUCAACUGUGGACAAUCCAUGUUUGAAUUAAAUACAGUUUGAAAUUUCUCCCCAAUUGUGGGGUUUAUUACACCAGCAACUGUGGACCAUGGGUAGCUUAGUAUUCAAUUGUGGACAAUCCAUGUUUGAAUUAAAUACAGUUUGAAAUUUCUCCCCAAUUGUGGAGUUUACUACACCAGCAACCUGUGGACCAUGGCACUUAGUAUUCAAUUGUGGACAAUCCAUGUUUGAAUUAAAUACAGUUUGAAAUUUCUCCCCAAUUGUGGAGUUUAUUACACCAGCAACUGUGGACCAUGGGUGGCUUAGUAUUCAACUGUGGACAAUCCAUGUUUGAAUUAAAUACAGUUUGAAAUUUCUCCCCAAUUGUGGAGUUUAAGCACCAGCAACUGUGGACCAUAGGUAACUUAGUAUUCAACUGUGGACAAUCCAUGUUUGAAUUAAAUACAGUUUUAAAUUUCUCCCCAAUUGUGGAGUUUAUUACACCAGCAACUGUGGACCAUGGGUAGCUUAGUAUUCAAUUGUGGACAAUCCAUGUUUGAAUUAAAUACAGUUUGAAAUUUCUCCCCAAUUGUGGAGUUUAAGCACCAGCAACUGUGGACCAUGGGUAGCUUAGUAUUCAACUGUGGACAAUCCAUGUUUGAAUUAAAUACAGUUUGAAAUUUCUCCCCAAUUGUGGAGUUUAAGCACCAGCAACUGUGGACCAUAGGUAGCUUAGUAUUCAACUGUGGACAAUCCAUGUUUGAAUUAAAUACAGUUUGAAAUUUCUCCCCAAUUGUGGAGUUUAAGCACCAGCAACUGUGGACCAUAGGUAACUUAGUAUUCAACUGUGGACAAUCCAUGUUUGAAUUAAAUACAGUUUGAAAUUUCUCCCCGAAUGUGGGGUUUAUUACACCAGCAACUGUGGACCAUGGGUAGCUUAGUAUUCAAUUGUGGACAAUCCAUGUUUGAAUUAAAUACAGGUUGAAAUUUCUCCCCAAUUGUGGACCAUAUGUAGCUUAGUAUUCAACUGUGGACAAUCCAUGUUUGAAUUAAAUACAGGUUGAAAUUUCUCCCCAAUUGUGGACCAUAUGUAGCUUAGUAUUCAACUGUGGACAAUCCAUGUUUGAAUUAAAUACAGUUUGAAAUUUCUCCCCAAAUGUGGAGUUUAUAAACCAGCAAUUGUGGACCAUGGGUAGCUUAGUAUUCAACUGUGGACAAUCCAUGUUUGAAUUAAAUACAGGUUGAAAUUUCUCCCCAAUUGUGGAGUUUAUUACACCAGCAAUAAUUGUGGACCAUAGGCAGCUUAGUAUUCAACUGUGGACAAUCCAUGUUUGAAUUAACAAUGGAUUGUCCACAGUUGAAUACUAAGCUUCCCAUGGUCCACAGUUGCUGGUGUAAUAAACUUUUAUCGUUCAAAUGAAAGACAGGGAGACAGAAACUUUGUCUUAAGUAUUCAGAAGCCCUGUGCCAAGAUGGGUCUAGUGAGGCAUUUUUUUUAUAGAUUCAAGCCAAAUCUUUGUAAAAAAAAAUGAAAGAAGUUUGAAAAACAGUCCUUAUUUUAAAUUACUUUUGUGGGAGAGUUAAAUCAAAAUACUAUUGUAAGACUUUGAUUGUAUUAAAAAAUUGAUUUCCUGCAAGUUUUUUGGGUCCAAAGGAAAUAUGUCAUGGAUUUUCAGUUUUUAUUAGUUUUUCAGAAGAUGCUGAAUCACGUGUUUCUAGAACCUUGCCAAAUUUGUUCACGAGAGUUGAGAGCUCUUUGAGAUCUUUGUAUUUUAUUCUUUAGAUUGCUAUCAAAGCCAAGUCGGAUCUUUGGAAAAAUUUUUGAAUUAUGCAAAAUGCUGAAAUGAAUGUUUAUGAAACCUAACUUUUUUUCAAAUCCUAGGAGAAAUUUAUUUAAAAUUCAGAUUUCUGUAAAAUUUGUCAUAGACAUUUUUUUUAUUUUGUUAUCAGAGCCAAGUCUUGGAACUUUGAGAGAAUUUUAUGUAUUAUGAAAGAUGCUAAAAGAAUUGUUUCCGAAACCUUGCCAAAUUUGUUUUAUCCAAAUCUCAGGACAUGUGAGACCUUGUUGUUUCUUUUAUUUGUAUCAGAACCAUGUAAGAACUUAGGAGAAAUGUAUGAAUUUAGGAAAAUGCUGAAAGAAGUCUUUCUUAAACCAUGUCAUUUUUGUUUUGUUUCAUUCAAAAUUGAGAUAUUUGUAUAUACAAUUUUUGUAUUGCUACCAGAUCCAAGUCUUAUUAGAUCUUUGGAGAAUGUGAUGUACUAUGGAAAAUGGUGGAUGAAAUGUUUGUGGAACAUUGCAAACUUUUGUUUUUAUUCUAAAUUUGAGAGAUCUGUGAAAUGCUUUUUUUUAUAUAUAUUUGUUUUAAAUAUUAUCAGGGCCAAGUCAGAACUUGAGAAGAAUUUUAUGUAUAUUAUGGAAGAUGCUGAAACAAGUGUUUCUGAAAUGUUGCAUUUUUUUUAAAUCCAAAUUUCAGGAUCUGUGACGCUUUGUUGUUUCUUUUAUUUUGAUCAGAGCAGAUUCAAAACUUGGGAGAAAUUGAUCUGUUAUGCCAACUACUAACCUUGCCAAUAUAUUUUUUUAUUCAAAUUGAAAGCUGUGUGAGUUAUUUACAAUUUUUUGUUUUAUCUUGUUAUCACAGCCCAGUUUUAGACCUUGGGAGAAUUUUAUGUAUAUUGUGGAAGAUGAUGAAACAAGUACAUGUAAUUAUAAAAUUUUCCAAAAUUUCCUUAAAUCCAAAUCUCAGUACCCGAGAGAUUUGUAUGAGAGAUUUAUAUGAAAAUUGUUCAUUUUGCCACAUGCUAGAAUAAGUCCUUCUAAAACAUUGCCAAUAUGUGUUUGUUUUAUUUGAAAUAAAAAGCUCAGUAUGAUCUUUUUAUUCGGAAAAUACUUGAAGUCUUUCUAAAACCUUGUCAAUAUAUUUUGGAUUUAUUCAAAAUUGAGAGAUCUUUGAGAUUUUUUUUAUUUUUAUUGUUAUCAGGGCUUAGUUAUGAUUUUAGGAAAUGCUGAAAGAAGUCUUUCUAAACCAUGUCAAUUUUGUUUGGUUUUAUUCAAAAUUGAGAGCUCUCUGGGUUAUUUUUAUAUACAUUUUUGUAUUGCUAUCAGAGCCAAGUCUUAGAUCUUUGGAGACUGUGAUGUACAUGUACUAUGGAAAAUGGUGAAUGUAAUGUUUUUGAAACAUUGCAACUUUUGUUUUUAGUCUUAAUUUGAGAGAUCUGUGAGAUGCUUUUAUUUUUAUUUUUUUUUAAAUUGUUAUCAGGGCCAAGUCAGAACAUGGGAAAAAUUUUAACUAUAAUGUACUAUGGAAGACGCUGAAACAAGUGUUUCUGAAAUGUUGCAUUUUUUUUAAAUCCAAAUUUCAGGAUCUGUGAUAUUUUGUUGUUUCUCUUAUUUUGAUCAUAGCAAAUUCAAAACUUGGGAGAAAUUCAUCUGUUAUGCCAAUUACUAACCUUGCCAAUAUAUUUUUGUAUUCAGAAUUGAAAGCUCUGUGAGUCAUUAAACAAAAAUUGUUUUAUCUUGUUAUCACAGCCCAGUCUUAGACCUUGGGAGAAUUUUAUGUAUUAUGGAAGAUGAUGAUACAAGUAAUUCUGAAAUUUCCCCAAAUUUGCUUUGAUCCAAAUCUCAAGACCUGAGAGAUUUGUAUGAAUUUUUUUCAUUUUGCAACAUGCUAGAACAUUACCAAUAUGUGUUUACUUUAUUUAAAAUUAAAACCUCCGUGAGAUCUUUUUAUUUGGAGAUUACUUGAAAUCUUUCUAAAAUAUUGUCAACAUAUUUUUGUUUUAUUCAAAAUUGAGAGAUCUGUGAGAUGCUUUUAUUUAUUUUUUUAAUUGUUAUCAGGGCCAAGUUAGAACUUGGGAUUUUAUUGUAUGUAUUAUGGAAGAUGCUGAAACAAGUGUUUCUGAUGGUGCAAAUUAUUUUAAUCAAAAUCUCGGGACCUGUGAGAUUUUGUUGUUUCUUUAAUUGUUAUUAGAGCCAAUAUUUAUUUGUUUAUUCAAAAUUAAGAGCUCAGUGACAUCUCUUUAUUAUAUAUUUUUUAAAUUGUAAGAGCCAAGUCGGAACUUGUGAGAAAUUUAUAUAUUCUUUUAUUAGACUGAUUUUUAUUGUUUUACUCGGGUAAGGUAAGGUUCAUUUUAUUUGCUAUGGUUGGAUUCAUUAUAAAAAAAUACAUUAAAACUUACAAAAUACAUCACAAAAACUUAACAAUCAUUAAUCUACCUGUGAAAAUUGAAUAUUUCUGAAAUGUGAGUUUAGCCCUGUUAGAUGUUGGGCAAGGAUGUUGUGUAUAUAUGUUACUUUAUCUUCAGGCAAACUUUAAUAAUCCUUGAUUCUGAUUAGGUGAUUCAUGUUAGAAAUAGUGUGAUACAAACCUUAUAUACCGCACACUUAGAUCCUUGUCAUUUGAUUGAUGGAACACAUGUCAUACGUUAUUUUGCAUUUUAUUUUUUCUCUCUUGAGAUAUUAUUGAUGCUUCAAAUUUUAAUAAAGCAGUUUAUAUAUUGAUAGGGGGGCACUUCGAAGUGAAGCUUCGCAGUGCACUUCGCAGUGUUCUUCAAAAAUAAAGUUCCCUUUUCAUUUGUCCAAACAAGGCAAGACAAGGUUAGUGUCUUCGUGGAGUCGUCCACAUUGCUUAGAAGGGGUUUUUAGAAUUUUCUGGGUGUAGGUGGACGAGUUUCAAUGUCUUUUUUGUUGUUAAAAUGACAAGGAUUAUGUUUGAGUUAUAUAAAACAAAUAUUGAAUGCAUCUCAAUUGGAGAAGGUCACAGAAUAUUAUCACUCGGUGAAAUCUGGCUUUUUUCAUUUCAAGAGGCAAGAAUAGGCUAGAUUUAUUUUUGUGGUUAUACGCUACGACAAUGCACUUGAAUGCAUCCAAUUUGUAAACAAAUUGCAUGACCAAUAUCAAACUCUGUUUGUAUGCACUGUUCUCUGCAUAUUGUGUUAUUUUAGGAUAUGUAUCAAGUUUGCAUGAAGGUGAAUUACUAACCUCUCUUGCACUCGUAGAAAAUAGAAAAAUAUAGCUUGUCCAUUUUGGUAUUUUUGCCUUGCUAGAUGUGGGAUGCAGAAGCACUAUAUUUUUUCUUAUUCCACAUGCGCUUUUGUGCUAACUAACGGUAUAUCUUGUUCAAGUUGUCAGCAUGGAUUGUGACCAUUUUUCAUAUUAACUGAAGCCUUUAAGAUAUUUGACUGUUUUCAUUGUUAAACAUGUUAUAGUUUUUCCUACUCCUGUCUAACAACCAACCUGUGAAAAAUUACAAAGUGAGAUGGUCAAAGAAUCUGAGAAGUUGAGCCAAAGUUUGUUGGAUCAUCUCUGUUACAUGUAUGUAUCUGUAAAACGCUUGACAUAGGCAUGGCCUAAAUAAACCUGUCGGGUUUAAAAUAAGUUGUGAACAAUGUAUUCCACUGUAAAAACAAAUUACAGGAUAGUUAAUUAAAAAUAAAAAAGAACCAAUCAUCUACAGAAAACAAUCCAGGGAAAAGGUGUUUUAUCCCUCACCUUGAAAUGAAAAACUAUCAAUCCUCUCUGGUUUGUCGUUUUCACUAAAACAUAACCACCGGAUAUUAGGAGUAAUUGAAAUAAGACUUGUUUCCCAAAAUUGAUGUACGCUCCUGUUAAAGUUUGUAGACUGUGAAUUACACUGGAACAUGGUGGGAAAUCAAAUUCACACAGAAGUUUUGUGUUCUUGUUGAAAAUUAUUGUUGAAGAUUUUACACGUUUUUGAAAAAUAAAGUUGUUUUUGAAGAUUGAAGAAAA